AGCCAUGUAUUUCAUAUCAAGGCGUUCCAUGCCGCCUUCGGCGGGGCGCGACGGCCCUGCGGCCGUCUCAGGCUGCAGCCAAUGAAGCUAUGCUUUCUCCUGGCUGUGAUCUCAACAGCCAGGAAGCUUGUGGAUCCUGCACCGUUUCCUCGAGGGAAGCUGAAUGCUGGGAUUGACCUUGAUGGCGUGGAGGCCAUGGUUUUGCAGCUGGGAAACCGCUCUACGCCAUCCAUGAAGCCACUGUUCGAUGACUUCCGCAAGCUGCUGCAAGAGGAGCUCUUACCCCGACUCUAUGAUGAGAAAGGCACCGCCAAGUCAUUGCUGGAAGAUGCUGCCAAAGGAUUCGAAAGCUGCCAAGGCGUUGACCAGAGCCGCGUUUGGCGCCUGAGUGCCUCACACCAGCGGUGCAGGGCACAAGAAGCGCAGCUCCGCAGACAGCAGAAAGAUGUUUGCGAUAUGUCCACCGCCAUGGCGACGAACCAGCACGAGACGUGCCAAGCCUUCCAGGACCUUGACGUGUUUCCAGAGGGCGUGCCAGUGGUGUGCAACAAGGAGGCCAACGAUACCAGCCAUGAAGCCCACGCGAAGCGUGUGCGUGACUUCUAUGCCCAGAAAGUGCAGGCCUGGGCGGUGGCGGAAGGCCUUUGUGCGAACCAGACGGCGCGUGCCACGCAAAGCGCUGGCGACUGCAAGGCAGCGGGUGCGAGCGUGGUCAGCAAGGGUGAGAACUGCACUGAAAUCCAAAGGAUGCUGGAUGAUCUGGCUUGUGAAGCAUGGACGGAGCACUAUGAUUGUGAGAAGAAGUCCGUGUCCUGCUUGUUCCAAGCACGGCAGAGAUACCUGGAUGCCAAUCGCACGGGCGCGCGCACGGACGAGGAUUUGCAGUCCCAAUGGCGGGCGGUGAAGCGCAUCGAGUGCUUGUUGGAUGCGAUGGAGCAGAGCGAGGACAUGAAUCAUGCACUGGAGGAAUGCAGGAGUAAGAGCCAUGAUGCCAGCCCCAUUGCCUUGAGCUACCCCUUCUACCAGGACUGGGCACCUCAGAUGCCCGAUGUGAGCGAAUGCAAGCAGCCACGGUUCCCACCGCCAGGAAGCGCCACCUACCCAAAGCAAGUCUACGAUCUGGCGCAGGGGGAGAGCUUUGCGGAGUGCACCGCGGAGUGCUGCAGCAGGUGUCAAUUCUUCACUUGCAACAGCACGACAGUGCUGAAGCCGAAUGCCAAGCUCUUGCAUGGCUUUUCACAGGCGCAGUGCUGCGAAGCGAUGCCUCAAGUCCAUUGGAGAGCAGAAGAAUGGCCCAAUGUGAAUUGCCCCACUGAGUGUGGCUUACAAACGAUGACUCAGACGCGCCGAGUUGUUUGCUGGGACGUGGCAAACCAAGUGGAAGCAGAGGAGUCGCUGUGCACAAGCACGAAGCCCUCGUCCUUCCGCGUGAGCUGCCCAGCAACGCCCAGCUGCAGGAGCUGCCAGGCCACCAAGUGCCCAAACGGAUUCACAGCAAAGGCGGAUGCUCCAGAGAUUUGCACAGGCGCCACGUGCCUCCCAGAGGAGUGCUGCAACCGCGUGUGCUCCGUCGGGGACUGCCCUGCUGGAUGGGUGUUGAAGGCCAAUGCGACCUGUGGAAGUGCAACUUGCACACGGGGCGACUGCUGCAGUGUCACCCAGUGGAGCUUCAAUGAAUGGACGGACGUGAUGUGCGACUCCAGCUGUGGGCAGCCGGAACAGAUCGAGACGCGUUUGGUGCGCUGUCGGGUGGAGGGAAUGGUGCAGGGCGACGUCUCCUUCGUGCGCGAUGACGCCUGCGUCGCCCCGAAGCCGGUGACCUCGAGGGUCGGCCCGGCGCUGUGGUUCCGGGGUGCAGCGGGCCGGAGCCGCCGCCGGGGGCGAUGAGCGUCGCGGAGCGCUCCGCGCGGAGGGUCGCGG